UGCUGAUAGCCUGUUGACUUCCACCUUUUGUUUUUCUGAGAAUUGAGAUUUUCAGUCACUGCUGUCCCCAAAGUGCCACUCCUGUCUGCCUCCAGGCGCAGGUGGAACAGCCAUGUCCACUGGCUCAGUAACAAGCGAUGCUGAGGACUAUGACACAUGUCAGAGAAGGACUGCAAACCCUUUGGAGAGGACGGCGCGGAAAGUUACUUGCUAUAAUCCCACCCGUUAUUCGGAUGAGGAGUUGGACAAUGACUGUGAGGACGGGAGGAUCAAGGAGGGGCGCAAACUGUCCAAGACGCACCAGAAGGAAACGCGGCAGUCGCAGAGAAACGCGGCCAAUGCCAGGGAGAGGGCGCGGAUGAGAGUGUUGAGCAAAGCUUUCUCCAGACUAAAAACCAGCCUGCCCUGGGUACCAGCGGACACCAAGCUGUCAAAAUUGGACACGCUCCGACUCGCCUCUAGCUACAUCUCUCACCUUAGACAGCUUCUGCAGGAUGACCGAUUCGAGAACAGCUUUGCGCACCCCGUCAAUCUGACCUGGCCAUUUAUGAUGACAGGGCGAUCAGAGGACUCAGACAUCUCAGCCGCUGUAAGACUUUGUGGAGCAACAGCCUAGGACUCCCCUCUUCAUUGACCAGCUUUAGUUCUGCUUUUAAAGCCUGCAGAUGACCAGAAAUAUUGACUCUGAAAUCAUCUUCUCCAGUACUCACCUGUAAACUCAAAUCCAUCACAAUCUUUAAUGCAGUAUGGGUUGUAUCUUUCAGAACGUGUUUAUAUUUCAUCAAUAAUCCAUUUUCCAUCUCUGUUCACAGUUUGUUUUUGUUUUUCAGGCCUAAAUACCUGUUUCUGUGUAUAUUUCUUUUGGGGAGCUUUUAUUUGUUAAUUGUAUUUUGGUUGUGUGACCUUUGACAUUUUGGCGAUGUUACUUCCUGUGGAUUGAGCUAUUCUGCUGCAGGCCUUGCUGAGGAGAUGUGUGCAUGUAGACACCCGGUCAUGUGAAGUUGCUGUACUGAUAUUAUUGUGUUUUACACCGCCCCCGAGAGAAUAAAUCCCCUCCAGCAAGCUGGCAAGACA